AUUUCACGUACCGCGUGCAGCCGCCAGAGGAUAAGAAUCAGUUCGUUUUUGGCGUUGGCUUCUCGGAUAACCAAAGCGGACUCGUCGGUAUGGUGUCCAAAGGGGAGGCUGAGAUCGUGCUGGCGAGUCUGUCCAUUUCGAAGGAGAGAUCGCGGGCCAUCGACUUCUCGACGCACAUAGACUAUUACGUGAGGAAUCUAUACGUCGCCAUGAGUGCUACGACGCUCAAUGUUGGAUGGAGUACGUACGUGAUGUCCUUCCACACUUCGACAUGGAUUGGGACGGCUGUUCUGGUGCUCGUGGCCACCUCGACGCUUUGGUUCAUUCACCGAGCGGAAUGGCAGACGCCUGAGGACCUGCGAUCGUUCCGUGACCUUCUCUUCAUGUUCUACUCGUGUCUCGUGCAGCAAGGCGUUCCCUCGACUCCUCACACUUACCGCGGCCGAGCUGUCUUUUGCGUCUUCUGGUUCGCCUGCGUUAUCCUCUACGCCUCAUACACCGCCGGCCUCACCUCCGCCCUCACUGUGAGUACGGAGGGCCCGCCCUUCACUACUCUCCUAGGCGCGGUGGAUAUCUACCCGAGCUGGGAGAUUGGGAUAUCGAAGGGCACCGCCAUAGAAGAGUACGUCAAGGACGCGCAAGGCACCGAGUACCGAACGCUAAUGAACCUCCUCUCAGCUGAUCCAGGGCUUUACGUGAGUUCGGAGGACGAAGGCAUCCACCGCAUGCUAACUUCCCGGUAUGUCUUCUUCACGGACAGUCCCAUUAUGCGAUUCAUGCUGAGGGACAACUGUUCCAUUCGCGAGAUCCACGUCAACCUCUUCAAAAGCUAUGGGCACCUCGGUUACAUGAAGAACUUGCCGUUCGCUUGGGUCAUCGAUGCUGAACUGGCACUCAUGAGCGACACGGGGGUGCUGGACCGCCUCAACAAGAAGUGGUGGGGUCGAGGUACCCCUUGCGAAGACCCGUCUCGCUUCACCGAACUGGGCUUCUUUCAGACCGCCACCGCCUUCCUCAUCCUCCUGGUUGGAUUAGGGCUGGCGUCCUUCUUCCUUAUAACCGAAAAAAUUAUCGGAAGGAGAUUCAAAUCCCGGAUAAACAGGAGAUCCAAGAGUUUGAAAUUCCGGUUGGGUAAAGGCACAGCUGCUGAGAGCGCGCGUAAACAAAUCUUUGUCCUUCCUGACCCUAAGUAUGCUACUGACUAUAGGGGUCACGUUCCUACGGGUUCAUAAAAGUCU